AUGAUUGUCCUGACCGUCUGCUCCUCAUCCGAGACGCCCGAGGUCGCGCCCGGCGCCCGGACCUUCAGCGCGGCCCCGAAGCGGAAGAGCCCGGCGCAGCUUGCCCUCGUCAUGGUCACGCGUAUAAUAUGGUUCCUCUACCCGGCGUCCUUCCCGUGGGCAAAGAGCGCGAGCGGCACGGCGUACGACAUCGCCAAGAUAACAAAGAAAAUCGAGCACAAGGGUUGCAGUAACCGCAUGCUCCGAGAACUGGGCUGGGUAACGUCUAAGAGCCAACGGGACAGCCCGCAAAACACGGACUUACAGCUCCGUCCACGAGACGAACUCCUCGUUCUCUUCCGAGAGCUGCGCGCUGCUAUAAAACGGCCGGACGACUUCAUCAGCAUGGUCUUCCAUAGCCAGGACAAGAUUUAGGUAGAUCGUUAUACUAGUAUUAUCCACGGGUGAGGCCAGGUAAAAAACUACAUCGAGGAACCUUCCUCUGCCGCUCAGAUUAGUUAGCUAUAGAACAUAGUAAUAAUUCUAAUUAUC